GCGGGUCCCUGUCUCCCCGCCCCGGACCCGCCCCUCCGGCCAGCGCAGCCCGGGGUCAUUCUCCUCCUCAGCCCAGCAGCCGUGUAAUCUCGCGCCUCCGGGACACAGCAGUCCCCUGGCUCCGGCCGCUGGGGGAGCAUGGAGUUCGCAGAGCUGAUUAAGACCCCGCGGGUGGACAAUGUCGUGCUGCACCGGCCUUUCUAUCCGGCCGUCGAGGGGACCCUGUGUCUGACAGGCCACCACCUGAUCCUGUCCUCCCGGCAGGACAACACGGAGGAGCUGUGGCUCCUUCAUUCAAACAUCGACGCCAUCGACAAGCGGUUCGUGGGAUCACUGGGUACCAUCAUCAUAAAAUGUAAAGAUUUUCGAAUUAUUCAGCUGGAUAUACCUGGAAUGGAGGAGUGUUUGAAUAUAGCCAGUUCCAUUGAGGCCUUGUCUACCUUGGACUCGAUUACCCUGAUGUACCCCUUCUUUUAUCGGCCCAUGUUUGAAGUGAUAGAAGACGGCUGGCAUUCCUUCCUUCCUGAGCAAGAGUUUGAACUCUACUCUUCAGCUACCAGUGAAUGGAGGCUCAGCUAUGUCAAUAAGGAAUUUGCUAUCUGUCCCUCUUACCCACCAAUUGUCAUAGUUCCCAAAUCCAUUGAUGAUGAAGCUCUUCGGAAGGUAGCUGCGUUUCGGCAUGGAGGCCGCUUUCCAGUACUAAGCUACUAUCAUAAGAAAAAUGGAAUGGUGAUUAUGCGAAGUGGGCAGCCACUCACUGGCACAAAUGGGAGAAGGUGCAAGGAAGAUGAAAAGCUGAUAAAUGCUACCCUCAGGGCAGGGAAACGAGGCUACAUCAUUGACACCCGAUCUCUAAAUGUGGCUCAACAAGCUCGAGCCAAAGGAGGUGGCUUUGAACAAGAAGCUCAUUAUCCUCAGUGGAGGCGCAUUCAUAAAUCCAUUGAGAGAUAUCAUGUUCUUCAGGAGAGCUUAAUCAAACUUGUGGAAGCUUGUAAUGACCAAACACAUAACAUGGACCGAUGGCUUAGUAAAUUGGAGGCCUCAAACUGGCUGACUCACAUCAAAGAGAUUCUGACGACCGCCUGUCUAGCGGCUCAGUGUAUUGACAGGGAAGGAGCAUCAGUAUUGAUUCAUGGAACAGAAGGAACAGAUUCCACCCUUCAGGUGACCUCCCUGGCCCAGAUCAUCUUGGAACCAAGAAGCAGGACCAUCCGUGGUUUUGAGGCCCUCGUAGAAAGAGAGUGGCUACAGGCCGGUCACCCCUUCCAGCAGCGCUGUGCACAGUCAGCCUAUUUUAAUAGCAAGCAGAAGUGGGAGGCGCCAGUAUUUCUUCUCUUCUUAGACUGCGUGUGGCAGAUACUCCGUCAGUUCCCUUGUUCUUUUGAAUUUAAUGAGAAUUUUCUCAUCAUGCUCUUUGAGCAUGCUUAUGCCUCACAAUUUGGAACAUUUCUGGGCAACAAUGAAAGUGAAAGAUGUAAAUUGAAGCUGCAGCAGAAAACAAUGUCUCUGUGGUCAUGGGUCAAUCGACCCAGUGAGCUGAGUAAGUUCACCAAUCCUCUCUUUGAAGCCAACAACCUUGUCAUCUGGCCUUCUGUUGCUCCACAGAGUCUGCAGUUGUGGGAAGGUAUUUUUCUACGUUGGAACAGAUCCUCUAAGUAUUUGGAUGAAGCCUAUGAAGAAAUGGUUAACAUCAUUGAGUAUAACAAGGAAUUACAAGCAAAAGUCAAUAUCCUUAGGAGGCAGUUGGCAGAACUGGAAACAGAGGAUGGGAUGCAGGAAAGUCCCUGAAAAAUAUCCCUGCUCCUUUCCAAGGACCUUCCAGCACUUGUGUCUCCCCCUCUUCCCUCCCCCACCCCCCACACCCCCAACAGUCUCCUUUUGCCCUGAAGUUCACUUUUACACAAUAGCCUUUAACUUGGGCUUUAGAAGUGGGGUAAUGGAUUUAUCCAUACUCUAUGAAUGAAAUUUACUGUACUAUUCAUGUUUUGUGUGACCUGUUAGGCCCCCUUUGCUUUGGGAGCAAGAAAGGAGGUGCUAGUCAUUUUAUUUUAUGUUAAAUAGGUGACCUAUUGAAUGCCAUUUGUGUUAUACUCCAGUUUCAUUGAAAGCUUUUCUCUGUGUCCACUUUCCAAACAAUGCUCCAGACUGGUCAAGGAUACACUCAAUCCUUAUUCCUUAAUUCAUUAGGGAAUGUUUGGUGGUUUAAAAAAAGAGUCAGGCUUUUAAGCACUCUGAGUUUAGAGAUAUUUUUCAAACUGAAAUGGUUGAUAAACUAAAAGUUUUAUGUUUACCAUGCCAUUUCCAUUAUCUUUGCUAUAUAAAAUAGCCAUUUUCUUUAAAAUAGUAAUUUCUCAUUCUGAUUUAUCAAGAAAAUCUGAAUACUUAUUCAAGGUAAAUUAUUUCUACAAGGGCAAAAGGUGUAAUCCUCUGAUAUAUACACUAACAAGAGUUAAAUGUAUUUUAAUAAUAGACACUAAAAGUAUGUGUAACAUAGAAUUAAAGUAGGAAUUUGUUACUGAGUGAGAAUUAUUAUUGUUGAAUUGGUUUUUCAGAUUUUUGAUUAUCCAUUAAAAUGUGUGUCAAAUGCUGAAUAUAGAAUUAAACCUUCACUUAGAAUAGAGUUAAUUUGUUAUAAUGAAGCUAUCUAUAUGGUUUCCUUAAACCAGAGAUGCACUGCCCUUGUCCAAAGUUCUUAUUGCACUGGUUUCUAUAUGUAUGUAGGUAUUUUAUUGUGUUUUUAAGUAUUCUAAAAGUUUACUAAGGUUAAAUUUUCAUGUUGGCUUGAGCCAUUUGCAAAUUUAUCUUGACUCUGCUGGUUUGUCCAUUAUGUGUUAGGCAAAUACACUUUUAAGUGGAAGGGAAAGCGUAGGAAUGUGAUGUGACUCUGUUUUAAACAUCAGAAAUAGGUUUGAAAUGUGUGUCAGUGUUACAGAAACGGUGAUGGCUAGAUUCAUGUUCUGCUGGCUCUGUUUAUGCCUGCAACUCUGAAUGAUUGUGGUUUACUACCUUCUCUGUACAUUUCUGUUUUGUAGCACUGCUCAUUUUUAAAAAUAUGAUCAAUUCUUGUUCUCUUUAAAGGGUGUGACAGAAUAAUCUUUAAUGCCAUUUCAGUACCAUCUGUAUAUAACCAUUUCAGGAUAGAACAUGUAUAGAAUGCUGCUGUAGAGCUGUGUAUUAAGCUAAAAAUAUAAUUUUAAAAAAUCAGCUUGAGCAAAAUCUAAGGCCACAUGCAGAAGCCUUAGAAAAUGGCAAAUAUCUGGAGCCAGCAGAUGGUAUAGUGAGUAAGGGUCUGUACUCCUACAUGGCUGACCAUAGUUUGAGUCCCGGAUC